AAGAAGAAUCACUUAUCAUCCACGCCCCCACUCCAAGAGCAGAAAUUCAGGGGCUCAUGAUCCAACGCCUCCCAAUAAAUUCAACUCCGCUAACUGCCAUAGUUGCCUAAGAAACCAGCAGAGAAAACCAAGGUUAGUUUUACAGACCAACCAAACCGAGUAAUCUCCUUCUUCUUCGUCUAAAGAUCUGAAAAUAUUUCUCUCAAGAACACAGACAGACGACUGUUUCUUCUCUCAGCUCCAAAACAAACAGUUCUGUAAUCAACUGCUUGGAUUGAAUAUAGAGUCAAUGGUUGAAAUUUUCUCUCUUUCCAGUGGAUGGGUGAAGAGGGAAUGCCAAGUAAUGUGAAAAACACAGCUAAAACAAGCCCAAAGCUCACACUAUUGCCUCUUGUUGCUCUGAUAUUCUAUGAGGUAUCUGGGGGUCCAUUUGGUAUAGAAGAUUCAGUGAAGGCAGGAGGUGGCCCUUUGUUGUCUUUGCUUGGUUUCUUGAUAUUCCCUUUAAUUUGGAGUGUUCCUGAAGCUCUAAUCACAGCAGAAUUGGCCACUAGCUUCCCUGAAAAUGGCGGAUAUGUUAUUUGGAUAUCUUCAGCUUUUGGUCCCUUCUGGGGUUUCCAAGAAGGAUUUUGGAAAUGGUUUAGUGGAGUUAUGGAUAAUGCCCUUUACCCUGUGUUGUUUCUUGAUUACUUGAAGCAUUCACUUCCCAUUUUUAAUCAAUUGAUUUUUCGAAUUCCCGCUCUUUUAGCCAUCACAGUUGGUUUAACAUAUUUGAAUUAUAGAGGCCUACACAUUGUUGGAUUCUCAGCUGUUUCUCUUGCUAUUUUCUCAUUGUGUCCAUUUGCCGUAAUGGGUAUUCUUUCAAUUCCUCAAGUUAGCCCCAAACAAUGGCUAGCUGUGGAUUUUAGGAAGGUGGAUUGGAGGGGAUACUUCAAUAGCAUGUUUUGGAAUCUGAAUUAUUGGGACAAAGCUAGCACUCUUGCUGGGGAGAUUGAAAAUCCCAGUAAGACAUUCCCAAAGGCACUGUUUGGGGCUGUGGCUUUGGUUGUUUCUUCAUAUUUGAUUCCACUUCUUGCAGGCACUGGGGCUUUGAAGGCCUCAUCAAGUGAGUGGACUGAUGGAUUUUUUGCAGAAGUUGGAAUGUUGAUAGGUGGUGUUUGGCUUAAAUGGUGGAUCCAAGCAGCUUCUGCCAUGUCUAACUUGGGAUUGUUUGAAGCUGAAAUGAGUGGAGAUGCCUUCCAGCUUCUUGGCAUGAGUGAAAUGGGGCUGCUUCCAGCUAUUUUUGCUUCAAGGUCAAAAUAUGGGACACCCACCAUUAGCAUACUGUGCUCAGCUACUGGAGUAAUCUUCCUAUCAUGGAUGAGUUUCCAAGAAAUCCUGGAAUUUCUCAACUUCUUAUAUGCCAUAGGAAUGCUUCUUGAAUUUGCAGCUUUCAUAAAACUAAGAAUUAAAAAACCAGAACUCCACAGGCCAUACAAAGUCCCACUGGAAACAUUUGGUGCAACAUUGCUAUGCUUGCCUCCUGCAGCUUUGCUUCUUCUUGUUAUGUGCUUAGCUUCUCUGAGAACAUUCUUGGUUAGUGGUGCAGUUAUUGUUUUGGGGUUCAUCUUGUAUCUUACUUUAGGCCAUGCCAAGGAUAGGAAGUGGGUCCAGUUUGAUACAGAACACUCUGCUGUUUUUUCCGCCGCCGGCGUGCGAAGCAACUCCGAUGUCCGUCUACUGCAUCAAGAAGUUGUUGAUGAGGCUUCAAUCAUGCUUCUUUCAGAUGCAUCCACUGCAAAAACUGGGCAAGAGAGCUAUGAAAUUCUGGUGGAAGGAAAAUUGGAAUAGAUGUAUAGUGAUCUUUGUAAAUUCAAUUCUCAUAAAAUUUAUGGGUAAACUAUACCAGUAGUUUAGUGAAACAUACAUAUUAGUCCUUUUAUUUCUUAAAUCUAGCUAUUUAGUUCUUGUAAUUUAAAAAACAGAAAAAAAUUAUUAUUUAAUUUCUAUAUUAUGAAAAA